AUGUUUUUCACAACUUAUCUUCUUUUUAUCUUAUCCAUUAGCUUUGUUAAUGCUUUGGUUAAUAUUAAGCCUGAUGGAGUGUAUUUCCGAGCUCCCCAUCGUAAACACAUCAAGGUGAGAAGAGGAUAUAUGAUGGGUAAAAUACAGGGUUAAUUAUAGAUGCCAUACAGCUGUCAUGACCCUGAAUUCUGCAUGCAUCCAACGGACAAUUCAACGGCGUUGGAUGAGAUGGAAUGGCCAGCCCGGAUAAAGGAUUAUGUCCAUUGCAUGGAUUUGUUGUGUCAAUGUGGCGCUUUUAAUGGUAGGGUUUUUUCUUGUGGUUCUAUGAACUUUGUUCAAGUUCUUGGGAGGUCUUUAUUCUUGAGUCAUCAUUUCAUUUGUAAUGCUAAAAUUUCAACAAGUUCUUUUAUUAUAUUCCCAGUCUUCCCCCAAUUCUCAUCAUUUUCUUUCUUCCAGGAACAGUAAAAGACUUUAAAUGCAUUUUACCCAACGGCAAAGUUCUCCACAAAGCGCUGCGAAAAGAAUUCCGUCAGCUCACCUUAGAAGAACGUCUUACCUACGUCGUAAGUCAUCUAUUCCUCCAAUUCAGCCGAUUUCCAGGAGAUUCUCAAUCAACUUCAUCGAGAGGGAACUCUGAAUUAUAUUGGGCUUCUUCACAAGACAGCUGGUGUUCAUUCUGGUCCCGCUUUCUUUCCAUGGCACCGGGAGUUCUUCAAACGGACUGAAUUGUUGAUCAGAACGUAUAAUCCAGAGGCAGCUAUCCCUUAUUGGGACAGUACUUUGGACAAUUACUUGCCUCAGCCUUAUAAUUCGACACUGUUCACGUUUGAGUUGCUUGGAGAACCCGGAAUUCGGGGAUAUGUUUAUGAUACGGUGUUUACAAAUUGGACUACCAUGGAUGUAAGUCAUAGUAUUAAUGGAGAUCUUUUUAAUGUAUCUAUAAGAUUUUUACAUCGUAAAAUCCACUUCAAAGCAUAGAAUAAUAUUUUAGGGCAGACCCACUUGGUAUCGAUCAUUUGGCCGAGAACCCGAUGGAGAACUAAUCAACAACAACCGAAUAGAUUAUGUAAUGAACCAGACUGAUAUUCAUUAUGUCCUCGCCUACAGUUUGCCUUUAAUUGUAAGCGUUUUCCAUCCAUAUUAUCCGCGUUUUUCUUAUCGAUGGAGGUUUAUUGAUGAUGAUCUCAGGGCUGUAAAAACUACACGUUGGACGAGCGAUUUUUGGAGUACUCGCACGAUUACGUUCACUACUUUAUCAGCGGCGAUAUGCAAGAUAGGAUUACCUCUAGCAACGACCCCAUCUUUUUCUUACACCACUCUUUUGUCGACUCGAUUUGGGAGGCCUGGAGACAAAAAAAGCAGGUAAAUCAGGCUCAGUUCUUUGAAUUUUUUGAAACUAUUGUCAGAUUUUGGUGGAUAUGCCUUAUUUUAGACCAAAGAGCAACGAGAGAAUGACUGGCCGACCGAUGAUCUCGAAUGUGCUCCUGCUUGGCACUUCAAGGAAGCCGAAAUGCCUCUGUUAAAACCGUUCAAGAAUAAGGAUGCCUUGUCAAGUAAAUACACGGAAAAUCUGUUUGAAUAUGCUCCGAGACCUUCUUGUUUAUCAAAGACUGAGGAAUGCGGAUCAAUGUGAGUCUUUAGCUUGUAUUUAGUUAAUCUACAGCUCGCUUCUUGACAAGUCAUCUUAUUUUUGCCCAUUUCUUUUCAGUUAUCUCUUCUGCGAUCCCAUCACAACUCCCUCUGAUCCUCAUUGUGUAGCCAAGGUCAAGCUGCAAGGAAAUUGCACCGGUUUUGAGUGGUCAUCAGACGUCUGUCUUCAUGGAAAAUGUAUAGAAGGGAUAUGUAAACCAAUUGUCGAUAAUAUCGGGGAUGUAAUUCCCAAUCCAUUCCCAAAGCCACCAGAGUUCUUGGUUUCGGCAAAGGAAGAAAUAAGAGGAAAGAAAAUAGAAGUAAAAGAGGAAAAGAAAAAAGAAAAAGAAGAAAAUAAUGCAGUGAAAGAAGAAAACAGCGAAACAAAAGAGUUGAAAGAAGAAGAAAAAAGCCAAAAGUCAAGCAAUGAAGAGCUCAAAAUAGUCCGGCCAAAACAGAAAAAGAUUGUGACCAAGACGUCUAGGUUUAUGUAA